UGGGUAUGGGGUUAAGAUCUGCGUUGGACGACAGAAAGAAAACGCUGACGGGCGAAAUCAGAAAAACUUUGCUAGCUUAACAGAUAGCUGGCUAGCGGAGCCGUGUGUAAUUUAUUGUUAUUAUUAAUAUUAUUAUUGUGUUCAUAUGGAGCCGUUACGGUGUUUUAGAGACUCUCAUCACGAGGAGCAGUUAAAAGAUGAUGGUUUACAGACCGUGACGUCUGCAGAGCAGAGAAAAGUUGAACGCAACAUUAAAGAAGUGCUGAGUGUUUACCAGCAAAUCCACUCUUCACCUCAGCCCACCUUACUACGAGAACAACACUACCAAUAUCUGAAGAAAGGUUUACGCCAUCUCUCGGACGCCUACGAGUGUUUGGAUGCCAGUCGUCCUUGGCUGUGUUACUGGAUCCUGCACAGUCUGGAGCUUCUGGAGGAACACGUGCCUGCUCCUGUAGCAUCAGAUGUGUGUCAGUUCCUGGCGCGGUGCCAAAGCCCUACGGGAGGUUUCGCAGGAGGUCCGGGGCAGCACGCUCAUCUGGCCCCGACCUACGCCGCCGUAAACGCCCUGUGCAUCCUGGGUACUGAGGAGGCUUACAGUGUCAUAAACAGAGAGAAGCUCCUGGACUUCCUGUUCUCUGUGAAACAGCCAGAUGGCUCCUUUGUCAUGCACGUGGGUGGCGAGGUGGACGUCAGGAGUGCGUACUGCGCAGCGUCAGUGGCUUCUCUCACCAACAUCGUGACCACCAAACUGUUUGAAGGAACACACAACUGGAUCCUCAGCUGUCAGAACUGGGAAGGUGGUUUGGGAGGGAUUCCCGGUCUGGAGGCUCACGGUGGCUACACCUUCUGUGGCAUGGCAGCUCUGGUCAUCUUAGGAAAGGAACAUAUGCUGGACCUCAAGGCCUUAUUACGCUGGGUGACCAGCAGGCAGAUGCGCUACGAAGGCGGGUUUCAAGGGCGCUGUAAUAAACUGGUGGACGGCUGCUACUCGUUCUGGCAGGCCGGCCUGCUGCCGCUGCUCCACAGAGCGCUCUUUAAAGACGGAGACGAGACACUGAGUCUCAGCAGUUGGAUGUUCGAGCAGCGAGCGCUACAGGAAUACAUCCUGCUGUGUUGCCAGAACCCCGGCGGAGGCCUGCUGGACAAACCGGGCAAGUCCCGGGAUUUUUACCACACAUGCUACUGUUUGAGCGGACUCUCGAUAGCACAACACUUCGGGAACAAAGAUCUCCACCACGAGCUGGUCCUCGGCCGAGAAGAGAACAGACUGGCUCCGACUCACCCUGUCUACAACAUCUGCCCUGAGAAAGUGGCCAAAGCCAUCCAGUUUUUCCACAAGCUGCCUGUUCCAGCUCAGAGAGAAUCUCCACAUCACCUGUAGGCUUUUCUGAUAUGAUGAUGAUGAUGAUGUUUUUCUGGGCUGUAAACAGGAACCAGUGUGUUUUAGAUCACUGGAAUUAAAAUCCAUGCUGGAAGGGGACAAAAACCAAUAACCAUGCACUAGAUUUACUAAAAACUAAAGUAAAGGCAUUUUUGGGCCUCCGUCCAGAUCAGUGAAAGGUUUUUGCUGUCAGUGAAGAUUAGUAAUGCACUCGUGGAUUUUUUUUUUUUUUAAAAAACAAACAUGUUUUAAGGUAACGUCGUAUCCACGGUGACGUGAAAUUAAAAGAUUCAGCGGUUUCACAGAGGCCUGUUUGUAUUUAAUUCAGCUAUGUAAAAAAAAAAGCAAUAAUAAAAAAUUACAAAAAAAAAGCAGCGAUCGUCACAGAGCAUCUUCUUCGUAUGCUGCAGUUUCGGUGACCGCUUUGUUUACACACAGAUUCUGUUCGAGUUAGAAAAGAUUCGGUGGAGCCGUCACAGACCCGAGAAAGAAGCUGGAACGUAACAGACAUCGGACGACAAAUUCACUCCGAAUAAAAAUAAUAAAUAAAUAAUAAUGCUGGACGGGCCACGCCCACAAGCGGUCACUACAACAAAAAAAAUCAGAUAUUGUGAUCAAACUUCUUUUUUUAACAUAAAAAGCUGCCAAUGUGAUUGAUAUUAUAAAAUAUUCUACCUCAUUUUGUUCACACACAAAUGUUUCUAUAAGCGAACAUUUUUCCAGGCAACGAAAUUGGAAUCCAACCCCGGGACUCUAAACCUGGGUGAAAACCAGCGGAAAGAAAAUGAAGAGAAGAAUCAGGAAAAAAAAGGAUAAAAUAGUUUGUUUAUUUAUUUAUAGUCUCGCAGUCGAAGGUAGGAUUCGGAGUGAAGGAUGAUUUCGUUGGCAGUAAGUUUGACCUACCGCUCGUUUCUGUGGAACGGACUCGAGCGACUGUUUAAGGAGCAAAUAAAACAGAUCGAAUAUAAAGACUUCCAAACGUUAAAAAGGAGGGGAUGAGAUUUUUUUUUUUAGGGGGGGAGGACAAACAAACAAACAAACAAACAAA